AUAAAUAUCAUGACUGUCAUAACUUGUGUUCUUAUUUCUUCGGUCGUCUUGAUUGUCAUAACAUGCAUUUCACCAUCAUGGCACGACCUGUACUGAGAGACACGCUAUUUUUGCUGGGGUUAUUGAUCUGCAUCGCUGGGGUUCGAACUGUGGAAGUCGACGAUGAGGAACAAUUUUCGUACAUAAAGGGCGACUCGAGGGGGCCAGAACACUGGGGAGAUCUGGUUGAUGAAUGGGCCAUCUGUGGAAAUGGGCGCCAGCAAUCUCCCAUUGCUUUGGUGAAGAGCCAGGCUGUAAUCUCACCUGAUCUCGGUGAACUGCAAAGGAUUUAUCACCCUGGAAAAGCAAUCCUUGAGAACAGGGGCCAUGAUAUUAGGGUGAGGUGGCCUAGAGGCGGUGGUAGUCUUGUGAUAAAUGGGAGAAACUAUAUACUUAAGCAAACCCGUUGGCACUCCCCAGCCGAGCAUUCCGUAGAUGGCAUAAUUUACCCUCUGGAGUUUCAAAUGGAGCAUCAAACAGAGGACAAUAGCUCUGCUGUUGUUUCCAUGCUUUACAGUUAUGGAAAACCUAAUACCUUUCUUACAAAGGUAGUAGCUAAACUUCCUCUUAUUUCUGAUAAGGAGCCUCCAAAAGAACCUUUGGGUUUGGUUGAUCCCUUCGAGAUUAUAGUGCCUGAUAAGGAAUAUUAUCGCUACAGUGGGUCUUUAUCCACUCCAAUUUGUAGAGAGGGAGUCAUUUGGAGCGUCCUUGAGAAGAUAAGUACUGCAUCGGAAGAACAAGUCAAAGCUUUGCAAAACGCCAUACAUGAUGAAUACAAAUUGAAUGCACGACCCGUCCAACCAACAAAUGGAAGAAUUGUGAAAAUUUACAUUCCUUAGCAUAGUCCUCAAUUAUAUUGAGUGGGUGCAAGAACAACAGAAACUGUUUUAAUAUCAUGUUUUAUUUUAUAUAUCUUAAUAUUUAAAAUAUUUUAACA